AGAUCUAUCCGGUUCAAUUUUCAAAAUAUUUUUUCGAAUAAUUUCAAAAUGCAUGCAAAGUUGUUGUAGUGUACAAUAUAGACAAAUGUCUAAGCCCAAAAUAAUAAUACUUUCAACAAAAAUUGAUAUAACCUGAUGAACAUAUGAAAUAACGUAAAACAGCCAAUAAUCUCCAGUACCAAGUCCAUACCAAACUGCCACAGUUUUCAAAAUUAGUGCUACAUCCUCAAUUUACUGGAGGUAGUGCCAUGAGUGCUGCAACAACAUUUCUAUAUCUAUCAACUGGCAUAGCGUUUAAUGCUGCAUUUUUUCAAAAAGAAAGAAUCGCAAGAAUGUUGAUCUUUUUGCAAAAAGACGUUGACAAAUUUUUAAUUAAAUCAGAUGAACAAGAAGAAAAACUUUUUGAAGAAAUGCACAAAUACAUUAAAGCAAUAACUGUUUCGAUUUGGAUACCGACAGCGGUAGCUGCUUUUAUUGCCUACGUUGAAGCUUUUUAUAGAAUUGCAUUUGGUUCUUUCUGGUAUCCAACAGGUGAAGAUGAUUCGGAUACACCAACAUUAUUAAAUAGACUCUUUCCAUUUGGCGAUGUUUUUGAUAAUACCUUUUUCGGAUUCUUUUUGCCAUUGUAUGCCCUAUUAAUUGGUGUUGUUGCUAUACCUUUGUGGCAUACAUUUAUUACCAGUCUUAUGAUCUAUGUGAUUUUAAAGUGGAAAGUAAUGCAUAAACGGUUGUCUGAAAUGGAUGUAUCAAAAGUUAUAUUGGAACCAAAUGAAAUACUAUAUCAUUCAUCUUUAGUUGGAGAUGAAAAUAAAAUUAAUUUCUUGCGUGAAAGAAUGUGCAAAUUUUGUGUAGUUGAACAAAUCCGAAUUCGUUGGUUUGCUCGCGAACUUCAAGAACUAAUUGGUAUCCCAGUGUUUGCAGACUUUAUCAUCUUUUCAAUCCUAAUUUGUUUCUUGUUUUAUGAACUAGUUACAGGAAAUCCAACAAAUAUGGACUUUGUCUUCAUGUGUUUGUAUUUAUUUGUGAUGUCUUCCAUACUUUGGCUCUAUCAUUGGCAUGCAACUCUCAUCAAAGAGAACAGUGUUGAAAUGGGAUUUGCAAUUUACUCAUGCGAUUGGUAUAACUAUCCCAUAAAAGUUCAAAAGCUCAUCCAAAUGGCUAUGAUAAUUACAGCUCGACCAUUGGAAAUCAAAGCCGUUCUAGUUCCGUUAAGUUUAACAACAUUUAUCGAUAUUAUAAGAGCUGCUUAUAGCUACUUCAGUCUCUUAAGGAAAACAUCAAGAUAAAUGCUCAACAAUAACAAAACAUCAUUUUUUAUCGUAGAUCUAUUUAUUCUCUUCUUAGUUCAUUGUUAUAAAAUUAAUAAUAUUAAAUCUGUGAAAGAGUACACACCCCCACUUCCACAGAAUACAAAAAAAAAUCAAAAUAAAAA